AUGUCGGAGGCAACCACCAAAGCGUGCUCCGAAGCCCUUCUCACCAGCUGGAUCAGUCGAUUAUUCGGAGUGCCAAAUGAGAUCACGACGGACCGCGGACCUGUUUUCCUGUCGGAGUUGUGGACCGCCCUGGACUACCUAAUGGGGACAUUGCUACACGCCACCACCUCCUACAACCCGGCGGCUAAUGGCAUGGUGGAGAGGGUCCACCGAUCGCUCAAGGCUUCCCUAAUGGCACGCUGCACCGGCGAGGAUUGGAAGAGCCAACUACCGUGGGUCCUCCUCGGCCUCAGGACCGCCCCUUGGGCGAACGGCGAAGCAUCACCUACGGAGAAGGUAUACGGGGAAUCAUUGACAGUCCCAGGCGAGUUCUUCCCAACCAAUGCUGAUGACACCGACGUCUCCCUCACCAGACUUCGGGAAUCCGCCGGAAAAUUCACGCCCUGCAUCAAAACCUUCUCUGACAGAACCAAACACUUCCUCCCAAAGACCCUAUCGUCCUGCAAACACGUCUUCAUCAGGGACGACGCCUAUUGCCUGCCACUAACGAGACCCUACCGAGGCCCCUUCCGCGUCCUCCGACACACCGACAAGGCGUACUUCAUAUCCAUAAAUGGUCUUGAGGACUGGGUCAUGAUCGACCGACUGAAACCAGCUUUCCUUAUGGACGAAGAGUACGCCGACGCGGAUUCCAUAGGGCGCCUCACUCUUCCUCGGAAAGAAGCGGCUCCAUCAAUCGCCAAACCACCCAGUCGUAGCCACGGCAGCCCUCGGAAGAUGGUCGAACCCACCGAGGAUUCCGAGGAUCUACCACAGCAGCUGGUCUUGUGCACCCAAGGCCGCCUCCGCCAGCCCGCUCGCUUCCGCGAGUAA